AUGUUACAGUCUCGCAAAUUCUACCUUUCUCUUGUCGGCGUUGUUGCAUGGUCAAGCACAGCUGCAGACUCAAUCUUAUCUAUUCUGGAAGCAGCGUCGUUUUCUUCGGCUCAAUCAUCCCUGGUCAGCAUUGCCGCCUUAGCAGGCACUUUCGACGUCGUCUCUCUUUGCUGCGUUGGCUUCUACAUAUUCCACAAUGUAGGGAAUGUCCGCGGGGCUCUGGAACGAUCCGGGCGAGCAAGAAAGGCUCUUGUAGCCACUAGCGUCCUCAUAUCGGGCGCUGCGCUGGUGCUUUCCCUCAUCUUGAUCAUUAUGAUCAAGUCAAGAUGGGUAGAGGUUACUGCUGGUCCCUCCAGUGGGCCAGUCUCAAACUGGGACAGCCAUGUCUCAGGACAAAUAGCUAUCUGGGUCAUCUCUUGCCUCAGCCAGAUUGUUCUGUACACUUCAUCCCUGUGGAACCGCAAGACGCCUAAAGUCCAAACCGUCAUCACAUCAGGCCCUCGUGACUCAGUCAUGAGUGAGCUGCGAACUUCGCGGCCAAACAACCUCCACUUUGCAGAGCCUGUCCAACCUUCGUCUCCUUUGGCCGCUCAUCAGCAACCUGAGGUUCUAGGAGCCUUACCUUCGCCCACCUUCUCCACUCGCUCAUCACAGUCACUCAAAUCUUUCCGAGAUUCUCUUCGCCAUGUAGUUCGCCCAGUCACAUCGCGCACUGCUCUGAUUAGCCAGAAAUCUUUCACCAAAGAUGCCCCGGUCAGUAUCUAUUCGAAUCGACAGUCAAUCGAUACUAUCUCCCAUUCGGAUGGUUUCGAUAGCUGGGACACAAGCAGUGUCAGCCUUCCGACGCGCGAUGUCGUUCUGCAAGCAGCACCAUCAAGAGGCACGACUUUGGAGCCAAUCCCUGGUAGUCGUCCAAACUCGCCUGCGCGCGCAUUGGACGGUCCUUUCCUCUCAGAGCUUCCAGAAGAGGACGACGAAGACUUGGCCCCGCCUCCCAGGAUGAUGCCAGACAUCUCGCGCCCCCCAAGUCCAGCAUGCAGCGAGGCUCACAUUCACCCGCUAUUUAGGUCAGAAAGUCCGUCGGGUCUGCCACCUCCAGCGGCAACGCCUGGUACGAGCAUUAUGGCCAGUCCAUACUCAAACCAAGCUAUCGCAUGCCCUCCACGAUCGUUUAGCCGGAUGAGGUCGAACAGUAAUCUCAGCCAAACUGCUGUAGGCCCUCCCUCUCUCCACCAGGCCAGAAGCUUUACUCGCGAACGCGCGGCAAGCCUACAGUCCAAGUCUAGGAGUCCAUCUCCUCCUAGCCGGGCAAUGACACCUCCAAUCCCCGACUUCGUGCUCAACUCCUCCCCACGAAGCAGCAUGAGCGGCCCCCGCCGAGUUACCCUACAGUACUCCCCAGAUCGAUGA